AUGUCACGAUAUCCUCCGGCGCCGGAGCCUCGACACCGGACAACUCGCCGGCGAUCCUCAGAUCGGGUAAUUCCAGGUUCUGGUAGACCGUAUAUCUUAGAAUGGAAUGCCCAGAACUGUCGACAGAAGGAAAUAUUCACAGCUGAGAAAUUCCAAGAAGAGACGGGCGCAGUGGAAAGACCGGGCUGGAAGAGGAUUGCUCUUGUAAGGGACGAAUGUGACGUGGGCGUCUUGCUUGGGAUGGAACUGGACAAGAGAAAGGGAGGAUGGAUCUGGGAAUUUCCUGAGACGGAAAUAAGGAGGAAAAAGUUUGAUGCUGAUGAUAGUGACAACAAAGACAAGGAUGAUGAGAGUGAUGAUGAUCAAGACGAGGGGAUCAGGAUCUGCCGUGCAUCGCUCAUGGUCAAAGAACGACUUCCUAUUCUCCUUCUAGACGGCCUUCCAUUUCGGUUAUCAUCGCCACCCUAUCGACCUGCUAGAGUUCCAAGCAAUACUGUUCCAGACAGAAGCAAACAGGGGAAACGUCCCCCAAAAAGAUCCGCACUGGAAGACUCCCUGUGGCAGACACUUGUCGAACUCCGACCCAUAGAAGACCUGGUGGCAGAGCUCAUAUACGACACCUGGCUUCAGAAGCUCGACUCUCUGCCUCCUCUGGGAUCUGACUCGGUAGACGUUCAAUGGACUAUCGCUCGUGCUAUUGAAACAAAUGCCGACAACGCACGAAGCAUGGAACGGCGAGGUCAGUUCAGUAGCAUCACAUCCGCCGACUGGGCAAAUCUUGCAGAACGUCUUCAAAGACGCAUUCAGAUCUCGGUGACGGUUGCUCUUCAAGCACAUGCUCAACAGGCGCAAGACGAACCCAAGGACACGAACGCACGAAGUCUUGAUCGCAUAGCAUAUUUGGGUGGCCUCUUACUUCCAUUGACGGUUGUAUCUGGAAUCUUGUCUAUCGAGAGUUCAUACGGACCUGAAGGAUCGUCGUUUUGGGUGUUCUGGCUAGCAUCAGGCCUGUGUUCGAUUGUAGCACUCCUGGUCAUCUAUGCCGAUCACCUCCGGACCUUGGAUGUGUGGAUGGAAGUAGCAGCAACCGAGAUCCUAGACUUGGAUCACAAUAAGCGAUUUCAAGCAAACCGAACACCACGAAGACGGGAAUACCACAGCAGCGGGGAUCCAGAGCGUGGAGAGGCGAGGUUGACGACGGCGUCUGAUGGAGGAGUGUACGUGGUGCAGCAUCGAGACGAUGGUACGAGAGGCAGAACGUGGAGGAGAAGAGAACUGGGGUGGCUUGGGGCUAUGAAGAAGAUGAGUGGAUGGUACUGGUGGAGGGGAAGUCCAGGAUUGGAGUUUCGGAUGCCAGGUUGGGAGAAGAAGGUGAAGCAUUUGAUAUGGUGA